UCUUAAGACUGUUUUUGCUUUCUUCUCUCUUUUUCUCUCUAUAAAUAAUCUGACACCCAUUUGUCCCAUCUUCCUCAGACAAACUCACUUCCCGAAAACCCAAAUCCCCAAUCUCUCCCUCACCCUCCAGGAAAUUCCCACUCUCCUUCAUCGUCUCCUCCUUCUACGCCCAGACAUCUCCAGAAAAACAUCUCAACUUCGACACUCACACACAGAAUGGCAGAAAUGAAGGAGUCUUGGACAUCUCUGGCCUCCUUCCUGGGCAUCCUGGCCUUCUGCCAGACCCUCCUCCAGGUGGUGUUCCCGCCGGAGCUCCGGUUCGCCUCCCUCAAGUUCCUCAACCGGGCCCUCGGCUGCUGCUCCUCCUACUGCUACUUCGACAUCACCGAGAUGGACAGAGACAACACCAACGAGCUCUACAACUCCGUCCAACUCUACCUCAGCUCCUUCGUCUCCGCCUCCUGCAGCCGCCUCUCUCUCACCCGCCCCCGCAACUCCAGCGCCACCACCUUCGGCCUCUCCCACAACGACUGCAUCAACGACGUCUUUGACGGCGUUGCGGUCCAGUGGGAGCACGUGGUGACGCAGCGUCAGUCCCAGACCUCGUGGCGGUCCCUCCCCGACGAGCAGCGCAGCUUCACGCUCCGGAUCAGGAAGCGCGACAAGGACCUCAUCCUCGACUCCUACCUGGACUACAUCACGGACAAGUCCAACGACAUCCGCCGAAACAACCAAGAACGCCUCAUUUAUACUAAUUCGGUGCUCAAUUGUCGUAGCCGCCCUUGGGAAUCCGUACCGUUCAAACACCCGAGCACCUUUGACACGUUGGCCAUGGAUCCGGAGAGGAAGAGGGACAUCAUGGAGGACCUCCGUGACUUCGCAGUCGGGCAGGCCUUCUACCAGCAGACGGGCCGUGCCUGGAAGCGGGGCUACCUGCUCUACGGUCCGCCCGGGACUGGAAAAUCCAGCAUGAUCGCCGCCAUGGCCAAUUUCCUCCGCUAUGACAUCUACGACCUCGAGCUGACCGAGGUGCCCUCCAACUCCGAGCUCCGGAAGCUCCUCAUGAAGACCAGCUCCAAGUCCAUCAUCGUCAUUGAGGAUAUUGACUGCUCGGUCAAUUUGUUGAACAGGUCGAAGGAGCCCAAAGCCGCGGAGCCUCGGAGCUACUACGACCCUGGUUCGCCUGAUGCUGCGUGCGGCGGCAAGGACGGGAAUAACAAAACGAUCACCCUCUCAGGGCUGCUCAACUUCACGGACGGCCUGUGGUCGUGCUGCGGGAGCGAGAGGAUCUUCGUGUUCACCACCAACCACAUCGACAAGCUCGACCCGGCAUUGCUCCGGAGCGGUCGGAUGGACAUGCACAUCUACAUGAGCUACUGCUCGUACCCAGCGCUCAAGAUCCUGCUCCGGAACUACCUGGGCAGCGAGGACGAGGACCUCGGCAAGGCGGCGGUGAGCGAGCUCCGGGAGGCGGUCGAGAAUGCCCAGAUGACGCCGGCGGACAUAAGCGAAGUCCUGAUCAAGAACCGGAGGAACAAGGAGAAAGCGGUGAGCGAGUUGCUGGAGGUGUUGCAGGCGAGAGCGGAGAGGAACGAGAAGUACGGAGGGCUGAGGGAGGAGUGCGGGCUGAACGGGGAGGAAGAAGAGGAGCAAGAGAAGAGGGCUCUGGAGAUCCCCAAAGAAGUGAGAACUGUGACGACGAUUCUUGCAAGAAAGUUGAGGCUGAUGAAGCGAAAAAGAGAAAAUGAGACGGAAAACAAAUUGGUAAAGCGUGGGGUUUGACCAAUGGGGACACGUGUGGGUGUCUAAUAUUAAACGCUCCGAAUUCGUGUCUUACUACGAAAAUAUAAAUAAACCUCGUGCCAUCCCAUGUUGUGUCAGGUGCAGCUUUUGGAAGAUGUGCAAUGUGCGUAAUGUGAUUUUAGGUCCAUUAUCUUAUUAAAAAAAGAAUUCUGCUCUUUUAUCUUAAUUUUUUUAUUCUUUGAAGAUCAAAUUAUCCCUUCUUUCGCAUGAAAUUGCGUUUUAUAUUCUUUAUAA